AGUGUUCAGCUUGCCUAUCACUGCCAGAAGAUAAGGUCAUGUUAGCUCCCAAAGGAGUACAGAGGGCCUUUCACACUUACAAGUUCAAUUGGCGGCCCUGGUCCAAAGCUGGUGGGUUCCAGGGGGAUUCCACAGAGACGGAAGACUUGAUGAACCAGGAGGUGACUGCAGCCAUCACUCCUUCCAAAGGUGUCACAGUGAGCACAGCAGUGGAUCUGCAGAAGAGGAUCAUCGGAGGAAACCCAUGUGGACCAAGGGAACGUCUGUACCAUGUUAAAUUACUUGAUGGUCAUGGUAACUUCAUUUGUGGAGGCUCCCUGAUCAGCAACCAGUGGAUUCUGACUGCAGCUCACUGCUGGCAGUGGAAUAUGCAUGCACUUUUAGGAGUACAUUCAGGUCCACCACAAGCCCCUGUGAGUAUCACAACACCGCCUGUGAUGUUUGGGGACCAAAACAGAAUCCAUGACAUCAUGUUGCUGCGGCUACCUCGAGCUACUCAGAUUGCACCUGUACUUCUUCCUAGGUGUAAUAAUCGUCCUCAAAUAGGUAAUCCAGUGCAGAUUGCAGGUCAUGCAAGCACAGCUAUGGGUCCUAAUAAUGAGAGAUCUCCCGGUGAAACAUAUACUCUCCGAUGUGCAAACAUCCCAGUUGUCGACUGUGCGAGGCUCAGGGCUAUUGUGAACCUAUCAGAUCCAGAUCAGCUGCAUGAGCACUGGUUCUGUGCUCAGUCUCCUCAAGUGGACACAUGUUAUGGUGACUCUGGUGGAGGAGUCGUGUUCAAUAACAUGAUUUAUGGUGUCAUUUCAUUCACGGGCAGCCCUUCCCAUGCCCUUGCUGAAGCAGCUGGAUUCAUGGAUGUCUGUGAAUACUCACAGUGGAUCCAACAGACUAUUGGACCCUAAAUGUGUUUUGGUUUUUUUUGAGAAAUAAGGGAAUAUUUUGGGCGUAAUUAACUGUAGAGUCUUUCCAUCAUUUAACAGACAUUUCAUGUUGUUUAAAAGACAAAAAUGUGAAGUUUGUCUAAAGUUUCAGUUGAUAUGAUCACAACUGAUUGGUGUACAUGAAAUGUACAUCAUCAUCAUCUGUAAAGCCCUUUAAGACAAACAAUAA